AUGCUAUACACGUACAUGCCGACAUGGUGUGCUGCAAGAUUGUCGGCCAUUAAGAACAAGAUUUGCUCUGAGUAUGGGAAGCAUGUUCCAGAAGUAAGAGACCAGUUGCUGGAAUGCACAGACGUAGGUGGAAGAACAAUAGAGACAUUAAAGAUUUGUGAGCAAGUAAUUCCAUACGUGUCCGAUGAGACAGUUCAGUCUGGUUCCGACCGCAUUCCGCAGAAGAUCGUAGAUCAGACAAAACUAUUCCAAAAAUCUCAUGAACAUACAAUAAAAGCAAUAGAACUAGAACAACGUUUUAAGACUCAUUUAGAACUUGUACAAAAAAACAAGGAUGAUCUUAAUCAACUAUAUGGGGAAAGUAUGAGUAUGUACCAAAGAAGUAUGGUCCCACCCCAUGAAAGACCAAUGCAAAAGCAGGUGAAACAUUCUCCGCCUCUUUUAAAUGAGCAGGUUGCAAAAGAAUUUCUGAGCGUAAUAGGGGUGACUGGAUGUGGAUACAGAUUUCAGAUUUUAGAUGUUUAUAUCAGUAAUAAGCUUACUGGCGAGCAACGACACAUCGCUGAAGUACAAGUUCAGACAAUCGCCGAGAAACACGGCAUUAUGGAAUACAAGAUUCGAUUAGAGCAAAAAGUAAUAACAGAAUUUGCGGAAUAUGAAGUGGGAUCAACUCUUACCAGUCGACAUGACAGAAGCGCUACUUUAGGAGGUUUUGCUCUCAAAGGGGAAAGAAAAGACCUAAGUUUGCUUGUAGCACGACACUUUGCAGAUGAUGGCAGACCUGUCUAUGUCUGUGAUGAGAAUGGUAAGAAAUGUGUUUUUGCUCAUAUUAUGCCUACCAAUACUGAGGACGAACGGUAUGCCACAUUAGACAUUGCUGCAGGGCUCGUUCUCCAAAGGGAGAGAACAAAAUGUCUUACAAUGUUUAAAGAUCAUCUUGGUACGCCACUAGCAAGUAAUCUAUCAUCGUUUGAGAAUGAAGCAGACAUUGAGUGGCUAAAGGGAUUACCCGUGCAUAUUUGGGGGGCCAGUAGCUCUCCCGGCUUGGGGAAAAUAAUCAUUCCCGAUUUUUAUGUUGAAGGAAUGAAAAGACUUGUUAAAAUAGAAGACAGGCACCCUGUGGACAAAGAGGAAAUCGUGCCAUUUAGUAAGGAGGGUGACAGUGGUGCAAUUGUGUGCGCCGAUGAUCCCGAUGGUGAAAAGGUGCACGUAGUGUCAAUGGUGUCUGGAUCAUCAAAUUAUGAGGAAAAACAACAGAAUCCUGACAUUAAAGGUGAAUAUUUAUCAAUCAGACUCAAAGAUGGAUUGAUGCAGCUGGAAAAGGUUCAUGGGGAUACCUUUAAUUUGUGUUAAUUCAUUACAUACCUUUUUUAAUCAAUUGAAAGUGUACCAUGUGUACGAGAAAGCUUUACAUACGAAUGUUACCCGGUAUUUUUUUACACUUUUUUUCCAUUGAAACCUUCAUAGACUCAUAUUUGCACGAUAUAUUACUGUAAACAUUAGAGUUUUAUAUCCCGAACUUAAAUCAUACUUCCUUUUUUCUAUCUUGUUGUGUAGUAAGCAUACAAUCUGACAAUCAAGGUUAUCUUUAAUGCCUUUAAAUUUCAGUUAAAAUAUUUGUUAUGUACUU